AUGCAGCUAAGUAAAAUUAGCAGUGAAGGGAACGAAGAUUUAUAUUACACUUGUGGUCGGGUACGUCGUCAAUGGCUUUCAACACCGUACAAAAUUUCGGCUGGCUCCGCCGCAGCUCUAGGUCAAUUUCCGUGGGCUGUUGCACUAACUUUGGCAGACAGAGAUCAGUACAACUAUUGUGGUGGAUCAAUAAUUUCUAAACGACACAUUCUUAGCGCAGCACAUUGCAUAAUGAAUUACAAUAGCGAUAAAUUGCCAUGCACGGGAGCAAGACCGCUUGAUGAUGUAAAGGAAAUAGUAGUGAGAUACGGUGGAAUAUGUUUACGAACCACAUCUCCACCCUGUAAUGGUAAAUUGUGUAGGAAGGCAAAGAUUCGUAAGGUCGCCAUUCAUAAACGUUUUAUGGAUGGAAACUGCAUUCUGGGAUACGAUUUUGCCAUUAUUGAACUAGAAACUGACUUAGUGUUUGAUUCGACGACACUGCCAAUUUGCUUACCUGGUUCAUCCUUUGAUUACACUUCAGUCGGGAACUUGUUUGAUUAUGGUUUUGGCGAAAAUGAAAAGGGAGAAAAAAUGUCGAGGUUAAAUUAUGGUAGUGCAAAAAUUAUUAGUGUCGCAAAGUAUCACGAUUUUAUUCAAGCGGGGCCAGUGCACAUGACAAGAAAUCGUUCUAAUUCUCUCCAUGGAAUCUGUACGGGUGAUAGUGGAGCUGGACUCCAGGGAUCGGUAAGAAAUCGCGUUUAUCUACUUGGUGUGCACUCCUUCGGACCAGUAGCAUGUAAUAAAGGAUCCCCAUUCACGGUCACAGAUACCCGACCAUAUGCUGAAAUAAUAUGUCAACUGACGGGAAUUUGUUAUCAAUUAUGA